ACACCAGAGCCCCCCACACACCACACUAGCCAUGUCUUCCAACACUCGAGUGGCUCUGGUGACGGGGGCAAACAAGGGUAUUGGCUUCGCCAUCGUGCGGGACCUGUGCCGGCAGUUCUCUGGGGACGUGGUACUCACAGCGAGGGAUGUGGCACGAGGCCAGGCAGCCGUGAAGCAACUGCAAGCCGAGGGCCUGAGCCCACGCUUCCACCAGCUGGACAUCAUAGACCUGCAGAGCAUCCGUGCCUUGUGUGACUUCCUGCGGAAGGAGUAUGGCGGGCUGGAUGUGCUGGUCAACAACGCGGCCAUCGCCUUCCAGUUGGAGGAUCCCACACUGUUUCGUAUUCAGGCAGAACUGACUAUGAAAACCAACUUCUUGGGAACCCGAGAUGUGUGCACAGAGCUUCUGCCUCUAAUAAAACCUCAAGGCAGGAUUGUCAAUUUCAGUUCUUCUAUGAGUGUCAGAGUUCUUCAUGACUGCAGCCCCAAAUUGCAGCAGAAGUUCAAGAGUGAGACCAUCACAGAGCAGGAGCUGGUGGGGCUCAUGAACAAGUUUGUGGAAGACACAAAGAAUGGGAUACACAGGAGGGAGGGCUGGUGUGAUUUGAUCUAUGGAGUGACAAAAAUCAGGGUCACCCUGCUGUCCAAGAUCUAUGCCAGGAAACUGGGUGAGCAGAGAGGAGGGGACAAGAUCCUCCUGAAUGCUUGCUGCCCAGCAUGGGUGAGAACUGGCAUGGCUGGACCCAAAGCCCCCAAGAGCCCAGAAUAA